UGUAUUCUACUGCUGCUAUGGGGCUCUCUUCAUUACAGUUAAAAAAAGUCUGGUUGCUGGUUGGCUGGUUGGUUGGUAUGGUACAACCCGGUAUAGCCACUGAUUGUGAGAUUGCGGCAAUCAGCUGACAUCUGUUCGCAUUACAUAAAUGUUGGCAACAUUGACCGGGUAUUUCCCCCAUUCCCCUUCCCCCUUGUUUUGCUAGUCUUAUCCAGUCAAAUCCAACGUUCAACAACAUCUCUGACGAUCUAAAGUCAAUGUCAUAUUACUAUUUCAAGUCCUUACAAGAGCAAUAGAUGUCAGACCCGAUGGAAAUUUACUAGAACUUUUGGUUAAAUUAACUUGCAAGUGGAAUUGAAGGAUGCCGACCCCCAGUUUCAGCAUCGUCGAAUUUUUCGGUGGUGAUGCGGCCGAUGCCGAGGCGUCGAGCUGCGGCUACUGCAAAAAUCGCGGAAGUGUCUCCACAGGAAUGUGGGCGCAUAAUUUGACUGUGCUAGAUUACCAGGACCUCAUCGACAGAGGUUGGCGACGAAGUGGCUGCUACUGCUACAAGCCGAAAAUGAAUGUAACUUGCUGCCCUGCAUACACUAUAAAAUGUGAUGCAAGAAAGUUUAAGCUAUCAAAAUCUCAAAAAAAAGUCUUGAAAAGAAUUAACAAAUUCCUGCUAGAAGGAUCGCAGAUUAAGGUGGAAAACAUAGAUCCAAAAAGUCACCUUUGUGAAGAAGAAGAAGAAGAAGAAGAAGAAACGUUUGAGAUUCUUGACUUGCCUGACCUAACAUCAAAAGCUGAAAAGAUUUCUGGAACGCCAAAAAUUGUUGAGUCUAGUAUAUUAGAAAAGCAUGAUUCGGCACAAGAUUCUAAGGAUGUAUCCAGCUUAACAGUAACAACGCCUGCUCGUCAAAUUUCUGCUGAGAAAACUUCUGAAUUGAAAGAGACUGGAAGUUUGCGUCCUUGCAAGAAGGCCAAGCUCUUGAGGAAGGAGCGUCGAGCAGAGCGGUUGCUCAAAAAGGGUUUAAAUCCUGAUGAAGUGAAUCCUAAAGCUGACCAAGAAGGCAAGACCUUGGAGCAGCAUCUUGAAUCUCUUCCUAAUGCAAAGCAUAAGCUAGAGCUGCGGUUGGUUCAAACAAAUCCAGCAAGUGAUGAAUACAAAGCCACCGAGAAUGAGAGCUAUGAGGUGUACAAAAAAUACCAGAUUUGUGUCCAUGAUGAUCCUGAGGAAAAAGUCACGCUAAAGCAAUUCACCCGCUUCCUAGUCGAUUCCCCUUUGGAGCCUGAACAGGGAGAAAAUGGAAUCACUUAUGGUUCCUUCCACCAGCAGUACUGGUUGGAUGGGAAUCUGAUUGCUGUCGCUGUGAUUGAUAUCUUACCCAAAUGUCUAUCAUCAGUUUAUUUUUACUAUGAUCCUGAUUAUCGGUUCUUAACUUUGGGCACUUACGCUGCUUUGAGGGAAAUUGCUCUAACCCAAGAACUGAACAGGAAGUCAGCAGAUCUUGCCUCUUACUACAUGGGCUUUUAUAUACACUCCUGUCCAAAAAUGCGUUACAAGGGACAAUACUCUCCGUCCUAUUUGCUCUGCCCUGUCUCAUACACUUGGCAUCCAAUAGAAAUGUGCAAGCCUCAUCUUGACAUUUCAAAAUAUUCAGUUUUCAGCCAAGAAGAGAUGGAAAAGCCUGUCAUUAUUAACGACCUUAGUCAGAUGAAGAUACUUCACAAGAGGAGAGCCAUUACUUUUGCAAUGUAUUCCGCUUCCCAACGGCAUCCUUUAUUGAGUGAUGAGAUUUCAACACUCAAACUUUAUUUCGAACUAGUUGGAAGUGCAUGUGCUACAAGAAUGUUACUGUUCAAAGAAUGAGAAAUAAUAUGAUCAUCUCAACACAAUGGGUAGGUUAGAUUUUGACUUGUUCCCUCAAUUCCUCAAAAUGUUCCAACUUGAGAUUGAGGUGACAAGCCUAUCUCACAAUCAGACUCACCCGAUAUAUUAGUGUAUAUUUUAAUUGUGUACUGAAGGCUUAUUUUAAUAUUCAAAAUUGUGUAAAUAUGAAACGAGACUGUUUUCAUCUUCAAUUAAUAAUUUCACGAAUUUUACUGAAAUACACAUCACUUACAAAAAAUAAAAAAAAUCGGCAACAAAUAUU